CGACGGACGGACUCCUCCCCCGUGAUGGAAAUGCUGUAUAAAUGCAGCAUCAGCCUGUCAACAGCAGUGUCUGAAAGCUUAUUGGUGCCCGAACAUGAAGGGACUGAGCUUGGUUCUCCUGGUGCUUCUCCUGAUGCUUGCAGUCGGAGAGGGCAAUGAUCCAGAAAUGCAGUACUGGACUUGUGGGUAUAGAGGACUCUGCAGACGGUUCUGCUAUGCUCAGGAGUACAUCGUUGGUCAUCACGGUUGCCCUCGGAGAUACAGGUGUUGUGCCAUACGGUCUUAGCAGCUCCUGCAAGGUGUCCCGGCAUGAGGGCCGGCAUCUUCAGCUCACGCAGCUGGGAUCCCGGCAGCCGGCACAGCCUUAUUCCUCCGGAUAAACCAUCCGGACAACUUUGCUGUCGAUCAGUCCCUCUUGGAUCUGACGCCGAGUGCUUUUGAAGUGGACUUUAUAUGCUGUACUAAGAACCUAACUCAUUUACUCAUGUUGUUGCCUGAAACCUGGUGUGGCUGAUCCUGUACCUCACACUGAAUGAUGUCUCAUAACACAACAGUUGGUUCCUUCUCUCUGAAAUGCGGUGCCAAUGCCAAUAAAUGCAUGGAAACAGAUGCACUGGUGUUUGGUUUGUUUAGCCCAGAGGAUCCUCACAUUCAGAUUUGAUCAUAUUGUCCCAAAUGCAAUGCAAAGUAAACCAGUUAUUUUGCAUGUGAGAAAACAUCUAAAAUACAGUGUCUAAAUGGAGCUCAUUGCCCACUUGGCUUGACCUUGGGGAAAUAACAGCAUGGAAAGCAGUCUGCGUGGAGUCUGGCAUGCUGUCGCUCAGCGCUGUACUGACAGGACACAAUAAUGGUCAAGUGAC